UUUGCAAAAUUGAUUUUUUACAUUUUUAGCUUGUGUAGUUAUCAUAAAAUAGAUACUUUAUUGAAUGAAAUAAAUGCUUGAAACCGUUUUUAAAUUGUUAUUGAUAUGAUGUUAAUCAAAUUAUCAUUUGCUGAUUCACAUCUUCAGUAAACCACGAGAAAGACGAGUUCCUGGUCGACAAUUCUGUUUUAAUACAUAGCAUCGUCUACUGAAACCGUGGUUGUUAACUUGAUAUGGUGGCUGGGUUUGCAUAUCAUUACGACCACAUAGCCUGAAAUAUUGGCUCUUUUAUUUUGCUUGGAGAGUGGUAAACGGAAAAACAACAAGCCCGUAGUCCGAGGGCGAAGCAGUACAGCCAAUUAUACUGGGAUGUAAUGGGAGUUAAUUAUUUCCCUCAGAUAACCUGCAUCCACAGUCGUAUUGUUCUACAACUGUAUGAGAGAGCCUAAAAUUAACACUUGUUCUUAUCCCACGGAUUUCCAUUUCUAGUAAUAAUACCCUAAAAGUAUGGGAUUAAUUCAUAUAAAACUAUUUAAAAGAGACUGUGCGACUUUUCCAAAGCAGUUGUUCUUUGGACAUUACGGUCAGGUUGUCAAGAUCGUUCUUAAGCUAGUUUCCUUUUCAGGCACCUCAGGAAGUAUAUUUUCAUCGUAUGUACAACCGGGAAGUAACGACCGCUAUCAUAUAUAUAGUACAUUCUUCUUUUGUGAUGUUAUUGUUGUUACUGUAGUUUUGUUUACUUAAAUUACCACGAUUGAUAGAUAUGAAAACAUAGAACAAAUAUAUCCUUUCCUUAUUUAUUUGUUUAUAGUAAUAUGCCUAUAGAACAAUUAUUAGUUCAAUCUAUUGAUGAACUUGCUAGUCAAAUUGAAUUAGCUCAUCAAAAUGGGCGUCAUGUGUUCGUUUAUUUUUCUGGUUCAACUGAUAUGAACACUGGGGAUAGUUGGUCGGAGGAUUGUUGUAAAUGUGAAUCUAUUCUAGAAAGUACGAUUGGAGUUACUAAAGAUAGUGAUUUAUUUUUGAUGGUUGAAGUUGGCAAUGAAAAGGAGUGGAAUGAUUCUAAUAACAAAUUUCGAAUUCAUCCACUUUAUCAAGUUAAAGAGUUGCCUACAUUACUAUCAUUAUCAUUUUUAAACGGACAAAAACAUAUAGUUAAUCGUCUUGAUGGUAAAUCAUGCUUAGAUUCAACAAAUGUGCAAAAUUUAUUUGAACGCAAUUGAACUGUGUUUUUCUUUUUCCUGUCCAAUAAAAAUAUCAUCUAUCUGCUUUAAACUUGAGUUUCAAUGCUAUUAGCUUUGUAACUGAAUAUUUAUUUUAAAAAUAUUUAUGAAAUUCUGC